AUGGACUCGAUACCAUCAGAAAUAUUGGUUCAGAUAUUUACCCAUCUACAACCCUGUUCUCAUUUGCAUCAGUGGCAGGAGCUGAGUUUGUCGAAUCGAAAGUGGCCCCCGCCAAAUGAUCUCGUGGCACUCUCAACCGUGUGCCGCAGAUUCCAUCAACUAGUUGAGCCGUUGCUAUUCGCCCAAGUCGCAAUUAGUUCCGAAAAUUCUAAGAAUGGCCGGCUCGUGGAGUUGUUCCUACGAAGGUUAUACCGAGAGCCUUCGCCACGUCUCGCGGUGCGCAAUCUCUUCCUGGACGCGUGGGAUGUGAAUUUCGACAUUGCAAGUAUCGUCCGCGAGCGUCUCGCCGCUGGUACAGAUGAUCUCGGCCGGCGACAGGAGCGAUGGCUGAAAUCCUGGCUCUCGAUGCCGAAGAAGAAGGUAUUCGAGCCCAUUCCUUGCGUCAGCCUCUUCCUUACUCCCCGACUCAGACUCCUGGAUCUGGGUGCAGCUUUUUGGCCUGACUGGAUCGCCAUGUACGUCAGCGGCAACCGGUAUCUCGAAGAGAAGGCUUUGGGAGCCAAUAUGUCUUUUGGGCAAUCCGGAAUUUGCCCUGAUAAGGCGUUUGUUAACGAGAGACGUGAUGGUGAUCUUGAUCAUUCUACCCAGCGGCACACGGAAGGGGUGCUUUCUACGCUAUUCUCCGACAGUCCGCUUCCAGAGCUCAAGGAGGUACGAUGUAGAUAUGUGUUACCUAACAGCCUUCAAUCCGCACGCCGCAUCGAGCCUCUCUUCCUUCACCCAGGGAUUGAAACUCUGCGUCUGUUCGCCUUCUCCUGGGACGGUGGUAUGAAAUGGGUUCAUCAAACAAGCAACCUCCAAGCCAUCCAGUUGAACAGCUGUUUCGUGAAUGCUGAUGGCCUGGAAAACAUCCUCCGUCGCUGCAAAUUUCUGCGUCGUCUCUCCAUCGAGUUGCCUGACUGCGAUAGAAUAACCGACGGUGGUGAAGGCCUUGCUAGUUUCGUUACAAUGGGAGAUAUUUUCAGAACGUAUGGACACUACCUCGAGACCUUUGAGUUGGACGCAAAGGCGUAUGGCGAGGUUUUCAACCCCAUUCGGCCCUUUGGAUCUGUGGAAAGGAUGAACUCCCUCCGCAACUUUAAGAUUUGCGUGGGAGACUUCCAGGAUAUUGAAUCGGGCGAAUUCGACGAAGAAGAGGAGAGGCGUAGGUGGACUGUGCCCUUGAAGGGCGUUUUGCCCCGGGGGCUGGAAUCAUUUUACGUGAUCCGCUCUCCGGGCAUGAUUCCGCUCAAGGACGUUGAGAUCUUGAGAGCUCUCCGCGAUGUCCUAGAAGAUCAUACCCUGGCCUCAUUGCAUCGGGUCGAACUGGAACUUUCCGGUGAAGAAACAUUUGAUGAAGACGACUUCCUUAUCCCAGGAUGGAAAGUGUCAGCAGGAAGGCAUUUGAUAUCUAAAGAUCCUUAUAAGGAUAAGUCUCGAUACCCUGCCAUUGAUGAAGAUGAAGAGCCGGACGAACGGGAGACUAUCGUCUUUCAACGCGAAGAUGGAUGGCAAUCGGCCUAA